AUGGUCUCCCCGUUCUGCUGGGGCUGUCUGUCGCAAUUGCGGCCAGCGACCCGGGCUCUCACAGGGCCCGCGGCGCUGCCCCAGGCGGCAUUGUUCCAUACCUCGUCGGUGCGGAACGCGAUUAUCAAGAAGAAGCCGAUCCCGCAUGACUCCAAGGGUCCGAGAUACCGUGAAGGCAGUUCUGCACGGAUGAAGAAGAAGAAGAAGCCCGUUGAGCGAGCCCGUCCGCCGGCCGUGGGAGAACGCAAGGCCCUCCGCAAGCGAAUCGUCCUCAGCAACCCGAACGCCCUCGAAGUGCAGGAUAUGCAGGAUCUGUCUGCAGAGACGAUGGUGGAUGCGCGGCUGCGUGGCUCGGUCGUUGGUCUGCCGGUGCCCAUGCUCGAUCAGUUGCGAGCCGUGCAGGCCUUCAAGCCGAAGCAGGGCUGGUCGAUUUUCCGCCGGCCGGGAACACUGAUGCGCAAAGAGACCCUCGAGAUGGCGAGGUUGUUUGAGAAGAUUGGUGGCGAUGGCCAGGUGUACAAGAAGAUUCUCACCGGUGAAAGGGGGUCGGGGAAGAGCGUGCAUCUCCUCCAGGCCAUGGCCAUGGCUUUCACCAAGAAAUGGGUUGUCAUCACCGUGCCCGAGCCGCAAGAAUUGGUCAAUGCCCAUACUGGUUACGCGCCGCUUUCCGACGACGAGCCGAACCUGUACAUCCAGAAUGAGGCGACUGCUGCCCUUCUCAGCCGGACUAUUACGGCGAACAAGGACGUUCUGUCUCAACUGCACGUCUCUCAGGAGCACCCUGCGCUGAAGAAGGCCGUGCAACCCAAGAUGACCCUCCAGGACCUUGCCGGCGUUGGCAUCCGGGACCCCGCUCUCGCCUGGCCUGUCUUCCAGGCCCUGUGGGCCGAGCUGACGGCCACCGAGGCCUCUCCCGCCGCCCAGCAGAAAUUCAAGGCCCGCCCGCCCUUGCUGGUCACCGUGGAUGGCCUGGCGCACUGGAUGAAGGGGUCCGAAUACCGCAACACCGAGUAUAAGGUUAUCCAUGCCCAUGAUCUUGUCCUUGUGCGUCAUUUCCUGUCGUUGAUGCACCCCGGUGACAAGAAGCCUACCCUGCCAAACGGCGGUCUCCUACUCUACGCCACCUCUGCCUCGAACAACCCCUUCGUGUACGGCUUCGACGUGGCCCUGGACCAAUUAGCCGCUCGCCAGGCCGGUGUGAGCCCCUCGUCGCCCGAAUUCCCUCAACCCGACCCUUGGGCCAACGCUGACCAGCGUGUCCUCGAGCUAUUCCGGACCGGCAAGCCCACCUCGCCCAAUGAAAGGGCUCUGGAAAUUCAGAACAUCGGUGGUGUCUCCCGCACCGAGGCCCGCGGCUUCAUGGAGUACUUUGCUCGCAGCGGCCUCCUGCGCGAGAACAUCAACGACGAAUGGGUUAGUGAAAAGUGGACGCUUGCCUCCGGCGGCGUCAUUGGUGAGCUCGAGAAGCUGGGCAAGAGAAUCAGAGUGGCGGCAUGA